AUGGGCACCAUCAAGCUUGAGUUUUCUCAAACAGGUAUUCGCCAAAACCUCCGAAUUUCCGCACUUAAUCUCACACCGCGUACAGUAAGAAUCAGCUGUGGCUUAAGAAAUUGGUCCAGAAAACCCAUGUGGAGAACAAGAGUGCUCUCCACUGAGGCAAUUCAAGCAGUACAGUCAUUAAAAUUGGCACAAAAAUCCCCUUCCAGAUUAGAGCAAGUUUUCAGCAAUAAACUCAAUAGGCUUUUGAAGGCUGAUUUAUUGGAAGUUUUGGCUGAGUUACAAAGACAGAAUGAACUGGAUUUAGCCCUCAAGGUAUUUAACUUUGUAAGGAAGGAGCUUUGGUAUGAACCAAGUCUGACUUUAUUCAAUGACAUGAUACUGAUGUUGGGGAAGAAUAAAAUGAUCGAGAUCGCUGAACAGCUUUUAUCUGAAUUAAGGAAUGAAAGCUUAGAACAUGAUACUAGGACCUAUACUGAGAUGAUUGGAGCCUACUUCAGAGUGGAAAUGGUAAAGAAGGCAAUGGAGACAUAUGAGCUAAUGAAAGCUUCAGGCUGUGCUCCGGAUAAGUUAACAUUGACAAUUUUAAUAAAGAAUCUUGAAAAGGCAGGGGAGGAGGCACUUGCAGCAUCAUUAAAGAAAGAAUGCACUGAAUAUUUUGAUUACCCUGAGAAAUUUCUUGAAGAAGUUGAAAGGGCACAUCCGAAGAGAAGGUCACUUAUUCUUGUCUGA